ACCGUUACCUGUCUUAAGCCAAACGUACUUUGUCGUUCAUCCUCCGGGCUCCCUGCUGGUCGAUUUUCAUCAGGAGGCAGUCUUUUGAUUACCAGCGUACAUAGAACCUUUCGGCCACGCUCACAAGUUUGACAUUUAUCACCGUGAUACAGAAAUUUUGAAUAUUUCGGUUUGCGUCGUAGUUGAGCGCACUGCCUUUGCUUUGAAUCCAGAUUAUUUCACGUUGACCGUUCCAACUUGAACGGACAUUUCCGACUCUCAGGUGGUAUGUCCGCUAAAGACAGUUGUGUUGUAUUCAUUGCUGCUCCGGUAAGACAGGAUCUUUGUUCUUGCACUGACACCGUACCGCUUUGCCUUGCAGCGUUUUCCAAACUAUGAUGACACAACUACCCGCGACCAUUUCAGAAAACAUUACAGUAGUAAUUCGGCUCGACUCACCGUUCAUAUCAUCAUGCGCUCUGCCUUGCUCACGCAAAAAAUCGAGACACCGGUGUAGCAGUGGCUCAUUUUAUCGGUCACACGAUAACAUAGCCUGGCCAUGUUCAGUAUAAAGCUUCACUUCUUUGUUCUUCUCAACAGAAUCCUCACUCAAAAGAUCUUCCGUUCACUCGAUAAUGAACGUUUCCUUCAAUUCCUCUAUUCCAUUCUCUUUCAGCGACGAGCCCUUCACAGGGCCGUGGCAGCCUGCGGAUUCCUACCUAGAGAGCCUCCAGCCUCUAGUAGGUGGCGUCGUAGCUUUCUUCGUGACCAUCUUCCUUUCCAGAUACUCACAUAGCUCGGGCAAGGGCAAACUGCCCCCGGGACCAUCUGGAGUCCCAUUUUUCGGAAGUUUGUUCCAAUUAAUGACAACCCCGCGACUAUGGAUAACCUUUGCAAACUGGGGGAAACAGUAUGGGCCAUUGGUGCAUCUCAAGGUUGCAGGCAAACAUAUGAUCAUCAUGAACAAUCACAAGGUCGCUGCCGACUUGCUUGAUCGACGUGCUUCCAAUUACAGCAGUCGACCUAAUUUCAUAGUUGCUUCAGAGAUGCUUACCGGAGGUCUUCUGCUGCCGUUUCAAGGCUAUACGGAUCUAUGGCGAACGAUGCGACGUGCCGCCCACGAAGGGCUGAACAGCUCCGCUGCUCGACAUUAUCAUGCAGCUCAAGAAAAGGAAGCCACGCUCAUCGUGCAAGGGAUGCUCAAAGACUCCAAUAACUGGGACGAUGAGCUCAAACGAGCAACGUCCUCGAUGAUCCUCGGCGUUAUAUACGACACACCUACUAUUGAAUCUUGCCAUGAUCCCAAAGUGGCAUAUGUCAACGACUUUGUUAUUCGCUUUGUUAGUGCUGCAUCUCCUGGCGCGCACUACGUGGAAUACUUCACGUGGAUGAAGUACCUCCCCUCAGCUAUUGCAAAAUGGAAGCGGGAGGCUUUGGAAUGGUAUCGCCGAGAUUCGAUCUAUCUGGGAAAGAUGUAUGCAGAGGUACAGGAACGCAUCAAACAGGGUGAAGAUAUCAACAGCUUUGCAGCUACUCUCAUCCGUGAUGAGAGGCAGCUUGGUUUGGAUAAUACACAGUCAGCAUGGUUGGCUGCUACAAUUUAUGCUGCUGGAAGUGAAACGACAUCUACAGUGAUGGCUUGGUUUAUGCUCGCGAUGCUUGCAUAUCCUGAAGUCCAGAGGAAAGCGCAAGAAGAACUCGAUACGGUCAUUGGACGUGGACGCAUGCCCACUAUCGCAGACCGCGACAGAUUACCCUAUAUCAGUGCUUGCGUCCGAGAAGCGUUGAGAUGGAGAUCAUUAACUCCGAUAGGUGCACCCCAUCAGUCCGUCGAAGAUGAUUGGUACGACGGAUACUUCAUACCCAAGGGCACCAUUUGUAUCGCCAACCAAUGGGCGAUGAACUCGGAUCCGGAUGUCUAUGGCCCUGAUGCCGAUGAGUUCAAUCCCAGCCGUCAUCUCGAUGAACAUGGCCGUCUGACCUGUCCGUUCCCUGACACACAUGAUGGGCAUGUUAGCUACGGUUUUGGUCGAAGGAUCUGUGUUGGUCGUCAUGUUGCCAACAACGGGCUCUUUAUCAAUAUGGCGUCCCUUCUAUGGGCCGCUACUAUCAUGCCGACCACAGAUACACAAGGAAAGCCUGUUAUUCCUGACACACAUGACUUCGUCAAUAACGGACUUGUGUUGCGACCUCUCCCUUUCAAAUGCAACGUUAAAGCCCGUUUUCCCGAAGCAGAAGCGAUUGUAGCUCAUACCAGAGAACUUUCACAAGUCUAACAGCCGGUGUGGUCUAAUGUGAUAGUGGAAACAUUCUGUGUCGAGGUGCAUGAUAUGUUAAUAUGUAAUCUAAUUUACCGUAACCUACUCCUACUUGCGUAAUCAGGUUUCCGGUGUCGCUCUUAUAGGAUGAAAGGCGACGCACAUAUAGUGCACUUUUGUCGGAGGAAGGCCAUUCAAUUGUGGGCCAGUUAAACCCAAGUUAAACCCUACGCUCAGUGACAAGUCAACGCUCAACCGCCGCAGUCGGCUUGCAACUUCCUGGCGACUCAGAAUGUAAUAUGGUAACCCAUCUGGAUCUGAUCGUGGGGCAUGCGACAUCUAGCGGGAUAAGGCUGAUACACGAGUGGAUUCAGGUAUCCAGCUACUCCGUUUUUUUUCAAUCCGUGGGCACAAUUCGGCUUAGACCACAGACAUUCCUGAUUCAAAACUGUAACUGCAUGACGGCUAUCAGAAGUCAUAACGCCGCCGACUUUAGAUAUCGUUCUCUUGCCAAAGUAAAGGGAGGGACUCGCAGGGUAAUGCAUACGUACUAACAGCCAGUCGUAACAGUUUUACCAUACCUACAUGGCACUGUGACACCAUAUCUCAUUCGACAAUGCCUGGACGGUCUUUCCCAUUUGUUUCGAAUUUGUAUUCUUUGAACGAGCUUCAUGGGCAUCCUCUGUAUUUUACUGACCUGUCGCUCGGUCUCGCCACGGUGUAGAUAGUUAGUGUACCCCAGUUGACUUGCUUUCUAUGCUUUGAUACUUUCAUCUAUUCGAGUACUUACUUGUCUCUUAAUUAGGGGGUGGAGUAUCGAUACUGGACAAACAACGCGUCAACAUCGCAGUCACGUUUCAUGUGAUCUUGA